AUGGUGAGGCCCGGGUUUCGAGAAGAGCUCUCCAACGAGCCCUUUAUACCUUCGAAUCCUCAGCCAGAGUCGCGCACGAGCCGAUCAUCACGAAAGUCCACCGAGGUCGAGAAUAAGACGGCGCCGAGGCACUGCACCAUCUUUCACAAGACUGACUGGGCUCUGGAGAUCCUGAGCUCCAUCUUCUCUGUACUCUGUCUCAUCGGCAUAGCGAUCCUUCUCUCAUACAUUCAAGGACGGCGACUGUCGUCUUGGACAUUGGCUGUGUCACCUAAUGCAUUUAUAUCCGUCCUGUCAACGGCAUCAAACGCAUUUCUUAUUCUUCCCGUCUCGGAAUGCAUCAGUCAACUCAAAUGGUGGCAUUUAUUAAGAUCCAAAAGAACCAACAGGCUCGAAGACCUCCAACUCUUUGAUAAUGCUAGUCGAGGACCGCUUGGAUCUGUGAAGUUCUUCUGGCGCCUCCCAACCAAGUCUAUGCUGCCGUACAUUGGGUGUAUCGUGACUGUGGCCGCCAUUGCAAUCAGUCCCAUGAUUCAACAGAUUCUUCAGUUCGAGUCAAAGAGGACUCAGAUCGACGGGGCUUUCGCUACAGUACGCACCUCGCAGGUUUACGACUAUGGUAGUCAGUGGGACUCGACCAUGGACGGCAUGACCUUUCAAACGACACGAGACGGCCAGAUGCACGCCGCAGUGGCAGUCGCACUGUAUUCGGAUAUACGACUUCCAGGUCUGACUUGUCCCACGGGCAGCUGUGACUAUGAGCCCUAUGGGUCUUUUGCAGUCACUAGCCAGUGCGACGAUGUCAGCUCGACCACGACUUCAGACUGCAAGACUAGCAACUCGUCGUACGGGGAGUCAUGCACCUUUACGACGCCGUCUGGGUACAACAUCUCCGCUCACACCAGCUUCUCGGCGCAUACGGGCUUCACGUAUACCAAGAUCAACACCACCGAAGACGCGCUGGGUACUGCCAGUGAUUCCAGGGCAGACGAUAUCUUUACCGUGGGCCUGGUACGCUUUCAAGGGUCCCAAACCGAUGAAACGUGGAAGGACGGCAUGGAGGCGUACGAGUGCGUAUUCAGAUACUGCGCCAAGCAAUACACGGACUGGAGCGUAGUCAAUGGCUCCGUGAUCGCAGGGCAAGAACAGGCCUACACCGUGAAUCUUACCACGCAGGGCCCUGACAUUGGCUAUACCGUCCUGGACGAAGAGAACUACCCCUUCAACGGCUCCUUCUCCAUUUGGUACCAAGACCUGGCCAACAUGCACACCAUCCUCGCCGACGCAUUCGAGCCCGCCGGGACAUCGACCUUGAACGUAAUCAACUCUCUAUACGUGGCCGACGACAUCCCGCAGCUCAUGGCCAAUGUGUCGUCGGCCAUGUCGUACCGCAUGAUGUACGGGCCCAACAGCACCGAGACGCUGUUCCCGGCGUACGAGGAGGCCACCUUUAUGGAGGUCUACUGGCUGUGGCUCAUACUGCCGGCCCUGCUCGUGCUCGCGUCGGUGCUGCUCCUCAUGGUUGUCGUGCUCGUGACGCACCGCGAAAAGCAGCUCAUUUGGAAGUCGUCCCUGACGCCCUUUCUCAUGUCCGAGACGUCUUGGCCGCUCAUGACGGCGGCGCAGAGGCCGCUGUGGACAAAGACCGGGUUGGAUUCGCGGACGGCUGUAAUAGCUAAUCAUUUGACGAAAUGA